UCGCUGUCCAUAAGGACGGUAACUCGUUGGCAACGUGCAGAAGCCUGUUCGGCGAGGUGUUUAUACUGUGUGCGGGAGUUUGUGUGGUCAUACUGCAUCAUCACCGACCACAUCGGUAAACAGCGAUAGCCAGAUAUGAAACAUGGAAGAUUCUGGACAAAGCAAAAGAGACGACAGCGUCCUGAAUUUGGCGAGAGAAAUUGCGCACACUCGUGAACGUCGGAUGCCGGCCGUUUUGUUAAAACUCCGAGAUGUUUUGGAAAAAGCGCCACCAGGAACACCAGAAGGCAAACUUCUGCGGAAUGAGGCAUGGGAAUAUAAUCUUGUUCAUAUGCUAAUCAUCAUCAUUCAUCAAGAUUUCAGCAUCUUGCCUGGAGAGUGGCGCACUGCUGCUGCUCUUGCCAGAACCCUAAGGCAUGCUGUCUGUGGACUGGACCUUGUGGGAAAAGAUCGACAAGAACUACAGGCUGAACAGUUACCAAAGGCUAUGGUACACAUGUUGCUGUUGGCCAAACAUAUUCAGCAGCAGCUAGUUGACAUCUGUAACCAACAGGACACAGCAAAGCAGCAAGGAGACCUAAUUUUACACAUGAAGGACACUUUAGAAGCCCUGGUGGACAUUGUCAGAACCUACUUUUUCCUCUGCCCUGAAGUGAUGCAGUCGCCAUGGUUGCUACAGCUGCUGGUUUGUGAUGAGCCUCGUAGUGUCAACUUAGUGAUGAAUGCCAUGGAGAAGGUGCUGAAGAUUGAUAGGCAGGUGUUAUCAAAAAUCAAAGAGGCAUGUUUGCAAGAUUUGGUGGAUGAGCUUAUCUACAAGUUGUCUGUCAAUAAGGACAUUUCAAUUGCUGCUGGUGCUACUAGAUGUCUCUUGCAAUUCUGUGAUCAUCAUAAACCUUUGGUGGAGACUCUGUUUUCGAGAUACAAGGGUCUGCGGCCUUUGUUACGGAGGUGGGAAGGGUGGGGCUUUGAACGUGACCUCAAGCAACUUUUCACUCUUUUAGACACCGGAUCAGCUCUGAAGGCCCAGACACAAAUGAAGAAUGAUGCAGCAACGUAUAUACAAGCCAAGUGGAAAGGUUAUAUUACAAGGCAAAAACUUAAGAAAGCCAAUCAAGCUUUUGCCAAGUUUCAGAGAUCUUAUCGAAUAAGGAAAGCAGUAGAAGAACAUGAGAUGAUCACUACUAAGGUGCAGACAGAGUUACAACGCCGCAUGCUGAGUCAGCGCCAGAACCUGAUGAGGCAGUUCAAGGAGAAGCAGCUUCAUGCUCUUGAAAUUCUUCCUGCAGAUCAGAUAGAGAAAUAUCUGAUGAAGGAGAAGUCAAAGGCAGCUUUGAAAAUCCAGACUCUGUGGCGAGGCCACCGUGAACGCAGCCAGCUGCUCAUCAGGCAACAGGUGGCACAACAAGUGCAUGCUGCUAUCAAAAUCCAAAGAGCUGUGAGGCGAUGGUUGGAAAAACUGGAACAGCAGCAGAAGAGGCAAGGAGUGCCAGUUCAUUUCAAGCCAGCAGGACUCACAGAGGAGCGGAGAGUGUAUCUGCAGGAACUGAUUACCAGGCGUCAGCAGGAGAUGCCAACUGCUCGUAAGACCAGGGAGGAGCUAGAGGAAAUGCACAAGAGAUCAAGUGAAAUGCUGGGCCAGCAUUACUCUCGUGUUGGUUAUUUCCGAAAAAAGCAGUACAACUGGGAGAAUCUUCUUGCUAGACUUGACACUGAUUCAGAACUUUUGCUUUUGGCACCUCCACUCAAGGAUGUUACACAAAAAGAUGUAGAGAUGUUCUCCAGUAGGUCGUUGCCAGUAGCAACCAAAGCCAAGGCACAACAUAAUGUCAGUCUUCAGCGACUUCAGCGUCCAUGGUGGCGUCAACUUUGGGAUGAGGAAGAAGAGAUGGAUGAUGCUCUGCAGGAACAACUAGAAGCCGAAAUGAACUUUUUCUUUUGAUUUAUUCCCCUUCUGUUCUUCUUUUUUUUAACUGCCUUUCAACUCAAUUAGGAAAUCAGGUUGUAAAUGUGGUGGUGGUGACCCCUCUUGAUUGAGUUAAUGAUUAUUUUGUUCUCCGUCCAUUAUUAUUAGAUGGUUCUCCUAUAUGUUUAACAUGCUUACAGUACUAUAUUAUAUGUAGUAUUUUGAAAAAAAACCAGCUGUUAGUACGAGUGACAUUUUUAAUGUCCUAGGUUUAGGAUGAGGAGUUCUUGUCAUAAGUUUUUUUUUAUUCAGGACCAGCAACUACCAAUGCCUAAGGCAAUAAGUCUGUGUAGAAGUUACUACCUCUACAAAUUUGUAGUAGGCAUGCAUACUUUGAUCAUGUGUACGUUGACAUGGAUAUAGAAGCAUGUUGCAUAUAAAAAUUGUCAGCAAACUGAA